CGCUUGCCGUCGCGUGUGUCCCCAUUGUGUGUUUGCGGACGCGCUCGUCGCACUGGUAGUUCGCGUCGUGUGCCGUUGGUGACCGUGCGCGUCUAUCGCCGCUCUAUCAUUGUCGUCGAUUGUGUGCGGAUGCGCGCGCGUGCGCGGAUAAGGAAGAGCCCUCGCAGACAGUGCAGUCAUGGCUUCAGCUGCCGCGGCGCUUUGGGCCGCUCUCUGGGCGCCGCUCACGCAGCUCUACCGACGAGGAACGGAAAUAUGGCUGGACCACGGAUUCACGCAUCUGCUUCGCUAUCUACUGGCCGUGGCUGGUUUGACAUACCUGCUAGAAAGGAAGGGUCGACGGUUCGAAUACGUACAGCCACAAAAAUACGAUGACACUGUCAGCAACUGCGCCGUCUGUUCACCAGAUGAAUGGGCCAAGGAAUGUCCACGUCCAAACCGUCAUUUAGAGAAGGCAGAAGACCGGGUCCUCUUCUACGGUGUAAACUCGGAAGGCUACCGCCUGGCAGUCAGUGUGUCGCGCUUUCACGAUCACAUGGCCGAGCUGUGGCUUGCCCUCUACGCCUCGGACGGUGCUCGUUACACGCUACCACUCACGCUUACGCUUGACCGGAGCACAGGGAGCAGCUUCUCUGCAGCUGGCCUCCGCCUGCAGUGCUUGGCUCCCAACCGCCGUUGGCGCGUGGCCUUUAACGGCCUGCUCAGGAAGCAAUCUACCGCUGAAGAUGCGCGAUCGGAGGAAACAGAAGUACACGUCAAGUUCGGCUUCAUCUGGUCGACAGUGUCGCAUACGCUGGAGCAGCCGGCUGAAUUGUCGCCAGCGCUGCUGGCAGACAGCCUGGCGGAAAUGCCUACCUUGAACAUGCUGCGUGACAUCAACAAGUUGGCUGCUGAAAUGGACCAGUACGAUCAGGCUGGUAUGAUGGCUGGUGAACUGACCAUUGCAGACCAGACGAGAGAAGUCUUCUUGUGGGGUUGCAAAGUGAGAACACGAGGUACUGUCCUCGAUGGCCCAUACGAGGAAGAUCACCAUUUUGGAUUUCUCGAGGACGGCGACACGUACCAUUUGGCUCACUCCAACGCCUAUGGAGGAAGAAAAGGACUCCUGUACGGGUCUAUUUAUUCACCCUCAGCAUUAAUGCACCCCAUCGACCACGGAGUUGUGAAGAACAAAGGUGGUCCAGAUGAAGGAAACGGUCAAGUGUUUAUACGAAGUGAUAGUGGUGUCUUUCGCAUCAACAUGAAAAGCGUGGCACCAAGCAUGACGUUCCGAAACGAAGAUUGUUCGUCUCAAGUUAACGUAGCAGCGAUUGAUCUGAAAUGUGAAGAACAGAACGGAUCUGGAUUCCAGAUUUCUGUAAAAAGGCGGGAAAAAACACCCCACCGCAUCGAUGACCAUUUCAAACACAAGUUAAUUGAUGAGCGUGCCAUGAAAAAGGUGGCGCCCCUUGUGUCCGACAUCCAAGACCAAUGCAGCAAGGUUUCUGACCUGACUGGAGGCAAGGGGUCCUCCCUGGCCAUACUACACUCGAUCUCUACUCAACUGAAUACGUUUACAGUUCCUCGUGGAUUUGUCGUGACAACGGAGUCUUACAGGCGUUUUGCCUCAAGCGGAGAGUUUCGAAAUCUAGUCAGGAAAAUUGAGGAUUCGAGAAAAAGAAACGACAAGCAAAUGGAUCUAAAAGAAGCUUGCAACAGUGUGGUUGCUGGAAUAGAGAAGCUCGAAGUACCUGCAGAAAUCGCCGAAGAGAUUUCGCGACGCGUUUCAAAAUUUAAUGCAGACACGAGGUUCGCCGUCAGAUCGUCAGCACUAGGAGAAGAUUCUGAAGACAUGUCAGCAGCGGGUCAGAUGACAACAUUGCUUGGCCUACGGGGCCAAGAAAAGGUAAUCAGUGGUGUGGUGAAGUGCUGGGCGUCACAGUUCAGUUUCACAAACGUAAACUAUAAGAGGCAAUAUGGACAGCCUUUGAACGUACCGAUGGCAGUAGUUGUGCAAGAGUUGGUCGAUGCAAACGCUGCCGGAGUCAUGUUCACCUGCGAUGCGCUCACUGGUAGCCCAGCGCAAAUCACCGUUACAGCUAACUACGGCCUUGGAGAGUCGGUGGUCUCGGCAACAGCGGAGCCCGACACUUUUGUCCUCAAAAGGGCAGGUGUAAGCAGGCCGGUGGUUAUGUCAACACAAUUGGGCCACAAGUCGGUCUACACGACAUCCUCCGACAGUGACGGCGUAGUUACGGCGCCGGUGAGCGAGGAAAAGGCUCGCAGGGCGUGCAUAUCAAAAGAAGAGGUUGAGACUUUGGCUUUUAUUGGCACACAGAUUGAGAAAACUUACACUACACCUCAAGACAUCGAGUGGGCGAUCAGCAAUGGGCGUUUCUUUAUGCUACAGUGUCGGCCGGUGACAACGUUCUUCAGGGAGUCAGACUGCGAGAUGAUUCACGAAUUCGACAAUGGCCUUAAGUGCGAGAAGGAAGUGCUCUGCAAGGCAAACAUGGCAGAAGUGCUUCCCGGAGCUACGUCUCCACUGAGUUUCUCCUUUAUUCGUGUUGGCAUCGAAUCGUACUGCAAGGACAUGUGUGUUCGUUUGGUGCGAGCCUAUGAUCCCGACCCCACGCAGUACCUGUCCUUGUGGAUGCCUUUGCAGCGCUACAACUAUUUCAUGUGGCUCUCUGACGGACAAAGGAAAACCGGUCCAGGGUCCAACCUUCUCGACCGGUCACUAAUGUACAGUAUCAUGGGGCGGGACGUUACCGCCGAAGUGGAAGCUGGUGUAAAGAGAGUGAGGCAGCAGAAAAAAACAAAGCUACCGGGACAGAUAUUCUUCACCAUAAAGCUGAUGCUUUUUGGUGCUCAAGGUUUGGAUAAGGCUGCCUCCGCAGCUGCUGAACUGAAGUUGUCAGCCGAGGGAAUGAUCAGUGCGGAGCAGCUAUACAAUUACAUCGGUUGCAACUUGCAUCACAUGCGAGAGCCCGCCACGCUCUUAGUAAAGGCAUUUGCAGCAUCAUCAAUGUACAACCUUAUUAUUCUACAGGUACUAGCCACUGCCAGUGGAGAACUGAACAACGAAGUCUUCAGCGAGCUGUCAAAGAUUCUUCUAGGGGGAGAUGUCGAAAGUGCUGGUGUUCCUCGAAUGAUACAGGAACUAGGCUCCUUGCUGAGAGACUCCCCGGACAAGGAACGAUUCCUCAACAUGAGCACCGAGGAAGCAUCGGAGUGGUUGUCAAGUGCUGAGAACACGUGCGGUGAGAAGUUUCGUGAGUUCAUCAAGAAGCACGGCCAUCGAGCAGUAAAGGAGUUUGAUGUGUACACAAAACCAUGGGCAAUGGAUCCGUCGUCACUGGUCAAAUCAUUGAAGGCUGCCGCAAAUGCUCCCCAGACUGGAAACAAAAAAGAGCUGCCUCCGUGGGAUGCCUGCAAAUGCGCAUUCCGGCUAUCCGCUUUACAAAGGCUCAUUUUGAAGCUGGUCGUACCAAGAGCACGAAGUGCUGUUGCAGCACGGGAGACCGGGAAGUCUGCAAUGGUUCGCGUCAUCCACCAGCUGCGACUGAUGUGCCACGAGUUGGCGCACCGCAUGCUGCUUGAGGGCAGGCUCCCUUCGCCGGAGCUGCUCUUCUUCCUGAGCUACGAAGAGAUAGGCAUCUUGCUCCGCACAAGGGCCCCAGAGCUUGUUUUGAAAGCUCAGCGCCGACAGAAAAUUUACGAACAGUUGGAUAAGGACAAGUAUCCAACAAUUCUAAUUGGAGUGCCGAAGCCCAUCGAAAUAAUCAGGAAACGCGUUGAAGGAGACUUCGAAAUCAGAGGAAACCCGAUGUCUCAAGGUAUCGCCGAGGGCAAAGCUCGAGUGGUGCCUACGUUCGAAGAAGCCCAUUUAAUAGAGAAGGGUGACAUACUGAUCACAACAGCGACGGACACCGGUUGGACACCGUACUUUCCUCUGCUCGCUGGAGUCGUGACGGAAAUAGGAGGCCCACUGUCACAUGGUGCUGUCGUGGCGCGCGAGUACGGUCUACCGUGUGUCGUUGGUAUCGAGGGUGUCACCACGAUGCUCACGUCCGGCGAUUACGUGCAGCUCGACGGCAACACUGGUGUUCUCCGAAGAAUCGCGGCUCCGGUUGCUGGCGAAGACUGAAAGACAUCUUUGCAGGAUCCAUCUCGCCUAUAAAAAAUGCAUAACCUAACUGAUCACCCGCGAAAUGUAUUUUAACAUAUUUUAAUGAAAUUUAAAAUGAAAAAUCUAAAUGUAAAAUGUAGAAUGAAAGAAACUGUAAAUCGUCAGAGGUGCAACAGAAAGCGUUUGUACAGGACACUUUGUUCUGAAUGCAUUUGCAUUGCCUUGUAAUCACCAAACACUGUUCUACAUUAGGAAAAAUAUCAGAAGAACAUGCUUACUUUUACUUCUGCCCAUGGAGUGUAAAUUUGUACAAAAUAGUAUGCAACGGUAUUUAAGUUAAUGCUUAAUUAAUAUAGUAAGUAUUGUGUAAUUGGUUUUCUGAACCACCCACAACUGAGCCUUAGGUCCAACAUAUCCAAAACGCGAUUAUGGGCUAUGAGGUAAGUUAUCCUUGGUUAAAUAAGAAUUUUGAGGUAUCAAACUCAGCGCAGCCCUAGUCAUACGUUUGGCAAUACGGGAAUAAACUAAAAUCGGAACUGGGAAUAAGAAAUAAAAGAACCUUAGGUUCCAUGACGACGAAGAACAAUAUCAUGACAUAUCUCUGCUUGUCGGUAAGCACAUGGCUUAGUUCGAAAGACCUGGGCUCGAGCUGAACACAAGUGCCAUAUUUGCCCCUGUGGUCACCAAGUCACCGUUUGUAUUGGUUAUUACAGUGCACGCGACCGGAGCGAAUUUUACACAAGACGUUAGGACUGGCUGGCCUUCCUUGCAAAAAGUUGAUUUCCGCUCGACGGUGAAAAGCAACUGCCGGUUCUUUGAUUUCUUUGCAUGAUUUUUGCUGCACCUGCCUUUCGUCUGAGCUCAUUUUUGAGUGCUGUAGAAAAGUGUGCAGUAUGCACACAGCACGUGCCUUUAGACAGCCCACAGUUGUGCCUCAGGGUGCAAUGUACGUAAUUCGCGUUGCGGUAAAGAAAUGUCAAGCAUAGUGCGGAAGAGCGCGCAAGGGGGAGUGAGGUUAUUAUAGGAUGUCCACGUGCUUGAACACUUUAAUACCAAGUAGGUAGCGUGUUAUAUCCUGGAAGAAGCAUUGAAAUGCUUUAUUAUUAUUUUUUUACAAGCUGCCUGAUUACGCGGCUCUGCAAUUUUGUUUCCUUGAUGGGGCUCUUUUAUUGCUGCGAAUAAAAUAUUAUGGCUAAUGA